AUGUAUGGUGCCUUGCAAAGAAUUUCCCUACUCACUAAUUUGAAUUCAAAAUGUGUACAGAUCUCAUUGUCCCCUGCAUGUGUAUUAUUCAAUGGAGCACAAUCUUGUGUAUAUCAGUCGACUGAAACUUCGUCGUCAUCAUCAUCAUCUUCAGAGAAUAGACGAUUUUUACCUGGUCCUAAAAAGCCUAGUACAUGGUGGCCACACCAGCCAUUAGUACCUGGACGUCGUGUAGUGAAAUUUUAUCCUAUACGUUUUCGGCAUAAACCACGCAUAGCACUUGUUAGAGAAGGAUGUACCAAUCGACCUUUCUUUACUAUACAAAUUAAAUCAAAUCUUGCUGAAUCCAAAAAGCUUGGUAUUGAACAAGUUGGUUCAUGGGAUCCAUUCCCGAAUAUACACGGGGAACAGUUGAUUGCAUUGAAUUUCGAGCGUAUUGCCUAUUGGAUAGGCAUGGGAGCUGAACCAAGUGAACGUGUUGCAGAAUUAUUAGGCCUCUGCGGAUUUCUACCAGUUCAUCCAAGAUCUUACCUCAUGGCGUAUAGAGCACGUAUUGCAAUGAUGAAAUAUUUAGUAAGACAAAAGCAAAAAAAGGAACAAGAAGAAGAAGAAGGAGACAAAGAAACUACUGAAAUGGCAGAAAAUAGUAGUAUAGAUGGUGGAUCUAAAGAAUUAGAUAUUGAUUCACGUGUAGAUUCAAUAUGGAGUAAAUCGAAAUCACCAUCAUGGUGGUAUUAUGGUUUACCAUAAAUUCUUGCUUUUUUCCAAUGUAAAUUCUUUAUAGGACAACAUCUUGAAUAAAUAAAAAAUAU